CCUUCAAUUUUGAUGGAAUAGAGAAUAGUUUUAACAGCUUGGCCAUUACCUCUCUCCCUCCCUGAUUGCUGUCAAUCCUCAUCAACUACAAGUCCGCAAUCGACAAGCCAACGAGUCAACAAACAACAAGCAUACUUUCAAGGUUGGCUGGACAGGAAUAUCUGCGGCAUUUAUACCAAACACAUCUUAUUCUUUUUUGUCAUUGAAAGACACAAAGCCACAAUAUUUCACACCUUCCUUCCCUGGGAAAUUAGCCUGAUUUGUUUCAUUCCUGUAAAGAUUAUGGACCGACAACGCCGCCGGAAGCAACCCAAAAUCACCACUCGUGAAUACGAAGAGGUUAGUAGUAUUGAGUGGGAAUUUAUUAAAGUGACUGAACAGGAAGAAGAUCUAAUCUACAGGAUGCACAGGCUUGUUGGAGAAAGGUGGGAUUUGAUAGCUGGCAGGAUUCCAGGGCGGAAAGCAGAGGAAAUAGAGAGGUUUUGGAUAAUGCAAAAUAAUGAAGGAUUUGCCCAGAGAAGAAGAGAGCACAAAGAAAGCAUCUCUAAAAAUAUUUGGCCUUUGGCCUUUAAUGGCUUUAAAUAGCUUCUUUAAGUAUUUCUUUCAUUCUUCAUUUUUUUUUGUCUUCCACAUCUUGUGCUGCAGAUUUGAGGAUACUUGUCUCUCUCUUUCUCUUC